AUGAGACUUGCGUUCAAGCGAAAACUCAUAAUUCUACCGUUUCUAGUCUUCCUGAUUGCAGUUGGGAAUGUUUUCGUGUUGGUUUAUCAACACCAUGAAAAAUCACUAGUCAAAAAAGGCAACCAAACUGUAACUGUCUUAAUUCAUGAAAAAGCGCCGAGUAGCUAUAAUUUUCUGAAAGCUCUGCGAGUAGAGAUCAAAGAAACAUUCAGACGAUAUGAAGCUAAGGAAGAAACUGUCGGUAAAACUUAUCAGAAAGCUGCAUUUCAUAAGAAGCAAGGCAGAUAUAGGAGAAAUUCCAUCGCCUUUCCUGAUUGUCAGCCCACACCGUUCCUCUUGAUCGAGGUUCAUACAACGCCGCAGAACUUCAUGGAAAGAGAAGCCAUACGUCUUAGUUGGGGGCGACCGCAAAAUGCUAUCAAUGCAGCAAACGUAGGGGAGCAGUUAAACCCAAGGUUAGUAGAAAUCCAGUAAAUGCGGGGUCAGGCGAGUCGAUGAAAAGAUUGUAAUUUGUCCGGUAGAAAUCUACAUGAAAUUUUGGCUUAGACAACUUUUUACAAAUUACUUUCAGAUUCCGUGCUUUAACAUUUAAUUACUUUGCGUUACUUGAUGAGGGUAAUUUAUUACAAAGUACCAGCUCAUUUAUAAUCAAUUUUCAAUUUACACGAGUGCGUAAACAAAAGUUUCAAUUUUUCGUUCGUGUUUCAUCUAAUACGCAUCUUCACUAGUAAUGAGUUGGUAGUUUAACAUUCCCCCAGAUUGCGUUGAAACUUUAAUUUGAGUCUUCUUCAUUUAAUUGCAAUAUCUGUCAAUAUUUCGGUCAUCUCGCCUCCAGUGUCUUUAGUUAAAAUGAAUAGAUAAAUUUCUUACAAUUGAACAACCAAACCCUCCAAAUCAACAGAAUAUCAUAUUCUCUUGGCCAAAUCUGUUUUCUUUUGCUCAGACAUUGUCACGUGAAGCCAUUUUAGGCCCUGUACGUACAAACUCUGGAUUAUGGCAAUCGAGGAAAAGGGCCAUUCUGCAUGUACCAAAAAAAUAUGAUAACAAAAUGAACAGGAGAAAAUAAAAAUUGUAUCUGAGAUUUGCUCCUGACUUUGCCUUAUUUUUCCUUGUCUUUCUCUCUUUAGUUUGUGGAAAACGGUUUUCCUCAUUGGACAUACGCAGAAUAAACGCUUAGAUGAGCUGCUUGAGGUCGAGGCAAAUCACCACAAAGAUUUGGUAUUUGGAAACUUCAUCGAUUCGUACCGAAAUUUAUCAAGAAAAAUGGCUUUUGGAGUUGAAUGGGCAUCUAAACACUGUCAGGCAAGGUACAUUUUGAAGGCAGAUGAAGACUCGUUCGUCAACAUACUUGAGGUUAUUAAAUUGCUCAAGAAAUACGACCGCAUGUACUCAAGAAAUACUCCUCUAUACGUGGGGGCUGCUCUCCUUGCUAAGGAACCCUAUCGGGAUAAAGAGAGCAAGUUUUAUGUGUCGGAAAAAGACUAUCCCCGGCCGACGUAUCCCCCGUACGCAGCCGGGGCAGGCUAUGUGUUUAGUGGAAAUCUGCUGAAAAAUCUUUCCACCGCUUUAAAAGUUGUGAAGUUAUUCCCCAACGAAGACGCAUGUUUCGGCGCUUUAAUGCAGCACAACGGGGUCAGUUUACUAAACAAUGACCGAUUUAUACCCUUCUCAACGGGAAAAGCUGUUUAUCGUAAGGAAGGGGGAUACAGCUUGUGCAGGUUUGACAGUCCUCUAGUUAUUCAUAGAGUGUCCGGAAUACUUCAAAUUCAGACUCAUUUUAAUGUCUUGGUUUUACGGCAUGUACCGACGAUUUGCCAGCACAUCAAAUAUGGAAUAGGCGAAGAUGACAACUUCGUUGAUGAUGAGAUUUGGUAA